GUGCUACAUUCAAGCACUUUAAGCCGACCUUGGCCAACAUGUCCCCGUCUACCCAAGCUAUCAGUCUCGUCAUUCCAUCGACUAUCUAUUCCUCUGGCAGCCAGGUGGAAGGGGAAGUAUUGGUGGACUUUCGACAGUCAACACAGGACAAGAUUCAGGAGGUCCAUGUCAAACUCAGGGGCUUCGCUCAAACGAUGAUCACACGCGAUAAGACGACCCUCCGAGAGGUACACCCUCUCGUCUUCAGCAACCUUUCCCUCUGGUCGCACGGCGGCGAAUAUCCAGCACCGGGCUCGGAUAUCCUCCGUCUCCCGUUUCGCUUCCGGCUCCCCGAUAUGCUUCCUCCAUCAUUUCAGUACUCAGGAUUUCAAAAGUCUGCGUCUGUGCUAUACUCGGUCACCGUGGUCGGAGUGCGUUCAGGGACGUUCCAAAUGAACCGCCGGAUACGUGUUCCGCUGGUAGUUCUCCCGAGGGACGUUCAUGGGAUGCAGGUGCGACAAGCGAUACCGUCUUCUGGAUUCAGGACUGUGUAUGUAGAGGAGAAGAUCAGAAGAGGGCUCUGGGGAGAUUAUGCGACUGCUAGAGUGGAGUUCUCUCUGCCGGAUAUUCAAGAGCUACCUCUUUUCUGUGACAUCCCUUACCAAGUGAAGAUCAUCACAACUACAGCCCCGCUCACAGCAGCGAAAGCAGCCGCUCAGCCCGAGGACAAACCGAUCUUUCCUUCCCCACCCUCCAAUCCCACCGACAAUAACCUCAAGCUAUGUGGCCGUAUCUUGCUUCGUGCGAGACAGUUCACCGCGAUGGCGGACUCGGACAUCACGUAUAUCCUGGGCGAGGGGACGAACGCAUCCAAGACGAAGGUAACGGUAGAGACGUAUGAAAGGGUAUGGACCCCGCUUAGGACUCGGGAGGAGAAGAAGGAGGCGGGCGGUCCAGAAGAGAGGGGUGUCUGGGUGCAGAAGAUCAAGUUCUCCGCAAAAAUGCGACUCACUGUCCCACCCUCGUUUGUUUCUCGCCUCAUACACAGCGAGGUGAAUCUGGAUAUGUUCCGGGUUGGUCGUGCAUGCUAAUGAUACACUUUCCAGCAUUACCUGUGUCUACAGGUACCAUUCCCUGGACUUGGCAACAACUUAAAGCUCCGAGUGCCCAUGUCUAUCACGUCGGGGAUUGACGCGCCGAUGUCGCUCGAUCAACCAGGCGCAACACACACCGACGGGGAUACGCCGCCCCCACCACCUUUGCUUGACCUUCCGCCAUCCUACUGGGACGUCAACGAUCGUGAUUGGGGCAAUCUGGAUGAGAAGGAAUGAUGGCUAGCGUAUGCUUUUUCUGAGUUCGUGCUCGUUCCUACUGCGGCAGACUGUGUGUAAUGUCUUCUCUCGUAUGAUGCUUUGUAUCAACAGUUCGAUAUUCUUUCGUUCCA